GAGGGGGAGGAGGGACAAUAAGGAAGGAAGAAUAGAGCGGCAGGGGCGGCAGCUGCAGGUCCCUAUAAGGAUGAGUGUAGAACUGAUUUUUGUCGCCUUUUUGGAAUGUCAGAAAACUGUAGAUCCGGAGUUUAAGUCUGAGUUGAGUUCUAUUAAGCAGUCGCUCCAUGAUGAGGGAGAUCUGCAGACCGAUAGUCACGACGUCUUACCCCGACACGCUUCUCUAGAGCCAGAUGGAGGACCGCAGCCUUUGGUGGAGGAAGAGCUCUGCCGCAGGAUCGGCGCCCAGUUGGCGGAGAUGGGAGACCGUUUUCAACAAGAAGGGAGAAUCAGACAAGAGGUUGUGGAAAGUUUAGUGCACGAUAUUCUCAGCGAGAACCUGACGGAGGAUCGUUUUAGAGAUGCGGUCAGUAGUCUGCUGGAGAACCUCCCCCCCGGGAUGGACCUGGAGAAGGCCACGCUGGUGGUCGCUAUGACUUUAACCAGCAAAGUUGGCUGCAGCGUCCCCAACCUGCUGCAGAACUGCUUCACCACCGCGUUGAACUUCAUCGAUAGGAACUACAGGUCAUACGUACAACGUCUGAGCAGACAGGUUUGACCACCGACCAUCAGCAACACCACCAAGGAAAUGUGAAGCUGUUUGGCCCCUUUUUUGUUGUUUUUUUUUUGCCAUUUUUUCCAUCAAUGUGCAGCAGCCGAGUUAAUCAUCUGAUGUUAUCGGCUCCUUGUUUCUCCCCCACUCUCUAACAUUCUCCCAUGUGUCUUAGCUGUUUGUCACUCGUAGGCAUCGUAUUGUAACGUGCUUUUAUAUUCCUGUUGCCUAUGCGUUGUGGAGUUGGCCGUUUUCAAGAAAAAAAAAAACGACUAAUCAAUCUGGUCAUAGAUUGCCAAGACUGCCUUUAUCUUACCAUCAUGUUUAUAAUAAAUUCUUCCAACAUUGUGUAUAAAUUCCACUACGAGAGGCCAUGACCUCACCAAAACCCAUCAGGAGGUCACCAAGACCAGACCCAUCAUAACCUCACCAAGACCCAUCAUGAGGUCUCUAAGACCCAUCAUGACUUCACCAAGACCCAUCAUGAUAUCACCAAGAUCAAUCAUGACCUCACCAAAACCCAUCAUGAUGUCACAAAGACCCAGUUUGAUCUCACCAAGACCCAUCACGAUGUCAUCUGAUGUGUUUGGCCACAAUAUGGCCGUCUGCCCUGUGUAGGAUACAUGGACACACAGCUUAAAGGUCUUUAAUGUUUCGACCUAUACAAAUUUUCUUCUCCGUUAGUUAUCGUUGGUCGAAUUUUACACCGAUACUUUUGUACUUACGCCUGCCGAAAGGGGGACAUUUCAAUAAACAUUUUUCUUGUUGUCAAAACAUUUUAAUACAUUUUUAAAAACUUCGGCUUAUUCUCACUGGCUCUUUUGUGAAAAUAUACUUCCAAUUUUUUGCUGGACUGUCGCAUAAAAUGAACCUUACAGUGAGUGGAGUUUAUGCAAAUAUGUUGCCAAAGGAGCGUUUCUGGUUGGUUUUGUGUGCAUUCAUGGGGUGGGGGGUAUAUGUCCUGAAAAUGGGGGAUUGAAAUGUUAGGAGAAGUGACCGCUUUUAUGAAAAUAGCGCGCACUGCAUAAUAUACUAGAAACAAUCAUGUCUGUCAUCCAUGGGCGCUGAGGAAAUAAUGGGGCACAUUGUCUAGCCACACCCUUUUUAAAAUCUUGUAUAGAUCAACCAAUCAAUUUAGGGUACAUGCGCUGGGACCUGUGUGUCAUUCACACAGCAGUCCCAGCGCUGCAGGAAAGGACAUAGGCAUGGUGGCUCGAAGCAUAGCGAACCCCUGGCCACGCCUAUCCAACUGUUGCUGGCUGUAUACAAAAGUGUUUUUUGAGAUCUUAAAACCUGCAAUAAAAUAGAUAGUAAUGCUGGAUUGAUACUCUAAGCCCAUUUAACAUACUGUUGUUACUUAAUAUGAUGACAGUUGCACUUUAAAGGAAAUCUGCAGCGAAAAUCGCUGGGACCCCUGCGGUUCUCCUGUGCAGGAGGCGUGUUGGCCACAGCAUGACGUUGCGACUGACACGAUCCCCCCAUGUAUGUCUAUGGGAGAGGUGGGGAUGCAGCGUUCGUGCCUCCCCGCCUCUCCCAUAUAGCUGUAUGGAUGGGGGCGUGUCCGUCGAGCCCAGUGAGCUUGACGCUACGCGCAUUAACCGGCGCACAGCGUGGCAAUGUCGGGGCCCCGUUUGGGAGAUCGCGGGGGGUCCCAGUGGUCGGACCUCCAGCGAUCAGACACUUAUCCCCUAUCUUGUGGAUAGGGGAUACGUUUUUUUCACUGCAGAUGUCCUUUAAUGUAAAAAGUCCUAAUAAUAAGCUAUAAAGCAGCCACAUAUAUACAGGGGCACAUAGCACAAUCCCAACAUGGCAGUAUAGUAUGUAUUAGAAAAUGAUUACUACCCGGAUUAUCAAAAAUAACAAUUCAGGGUUAAACACGCUAUUAAAGUGUUUGAAACUACAGCUUCCAGCAUGUCCUGGGAGUAGGAAGAAGGGUGCCAGACAUCAUCUUUCAUUUUAAAGACCGAUUCGGUAAAAUCACCCGGACUGUAGCAUGUGCUCCGAGGGCCUGUGAGCCCAAAGUCCUGGAUAUGUACUAACAGAUUAAAGAUAGCAAAAAAAGAGAAGUAUCUGUUUGGUAAUAUAACUAUCACCCUAAGACAUAUGACUCACUAAUAUAAAGUUAUUAAAAAUUUUACUGGA